AUGCGUUCCACUCAAUUCCUUGCCCUCGCGAUGGCCGUCGCUACCUCCGACGCCAUCUCUCAGGGUUUCAACUACGGUGCCACCAAGGUUGAUGGCAGCGUCAAGACCCAAACCGACUACGAGACCGAGUUUGCAACUGCUAAGAAUCUCGUUGGGACCGACAAUGCCUUCACCAGUGCCCGUCUGUACACCAUGAUUCAGGGUGGCACAACCAACGGCCCCAUUGAGGCCAUUCCCGCCGCUAUCAAGGAGAAGACUACCCUUCUCCUUGGUCUCUGGGCUUCCGGUGGUGGCAUGAGCAACGAGAUUGCUGCCCUCACAUCCGCCAUCAACACCUACGGCGAUGACUUCACAAAGCUGGUCGUCGGUAUCUCCGUUGGCAGUGAGGAUCUUUACCGUAACUCCGUCAUUGGUGUCAAGUCCAAUGCCGGUCCCGGUGUCGAACCCGCCGAGCUUGUUGACCACAUCAACCAGGUCCGCUCCGCCAUCUCCGGCACUUCCCUGAGCGGUGCCCCCAUUGGCCACGUCGACACCUGGAACUCAUGGACCAACGGCUCCAACUCUGCCGUCAUUCAGGCCGUCGAUUGGCUCGGUUUCGAUGGAUACCCCUACUACGAGAACACUGACCCCAACUCCAUCGACGAUGCCAAGGCCCUCUUCAACAAGGGCGUUGAGAAGACCAAGGCUGUCGCUGCCGGUAAGGAGGUCUGGAUCACCGAGACUGGCUGGCCCGUUACUGGCCCCACUGAGAACCAGGCUGUCGCCAGCAUUGCCAACGCCAAGCAGUACUGGGACGAGGUUGCCUGCCCUCUGUUGGGCAACACCAACACCUGGUGGUACAUUCUCGAGGAUGCCGGUACUACCGCCCCCAGCUUCGGUGUCACUGGUUCCUCCACCGACACCACCCCUCUGUACGACCUGAGCUGCAAGGCCUCCACCUCUUCCAGCUCUGCCACCGGUUCCUCCAGCACCUCCGGCCCCGGUCUCGCCGAGAAGUCCGGCUUCGUUUCUUCCGCCACUUCUGCCUCCGCAACUGGCUCUGCCUCUUCCGGCUCUGAUGCCUCUGGCUCCGGCUCUGAUGCCUCUGGCUCCGGCUCUGGCUCUGGCUCCAACUCGGGUUCCGGCUCUGAUCCUUCUGGCUCCGGCUCUGGUCCCGCCAGCUCCCCUGCUGGCGCCUCCUCUGCCGCUCCUUCCUCCGCCGCUGUGACCGGUCGCCCCUCUACCAAGCCCAAGUCCAAGAGCGCUUCUGCCUCUGCCUCUGCCUCUGCCUCUGCUUCCGGAUCUGCCUCUCGCUCUGCCUCUGCUUCCUCCGCUACCGCCACUGGUGGCAGCAACUCAGGCUCAGGAUCCUCUACCUCUGGUUCCGGUUCCGGCUCCGGCUCUUCUUCCUCUGGCGCUGCCUCCGCCUCCCCGAGCCUCAGCUCUGCCACCCGUGUCGCCGGCUCCGCUGCCGGUGCCCUCGUUGCUGCUCUCGCCCUUGCUUUCACCUUCUAA